AUGGAUCGGAAUGAUAGCCUCUCUCCAUUUGACCGAUAUCUGGCCUCCCCUCAAGGUGCCAUGAGUCCUGGAAUCCCUGUCUUCAGUCCAAUGAUGCAUUAUGGCACAGGACUGACUCCGCAGCCGGUUCAGAGCACCGACGGUCUGUCUACUUUGGAGGAGGAGCAGCAGCAGGCGAAGGUGGCAACAGGUCAGCUUUCGACAACGUCCCAGCAGGCAACCCAGGAGGCCUCGGACCAGACACCACCGCUCUUCAACCCACAGCCUCUUAUGACCGCACCCUUGCUGGGUACCACUCCCCUGUAUCCAUCCCCCAUGACUCCCAUGACCCCCAUGACUCCUGCCAUGCCAGCCUCAGAGAUCACUGAAUUGGUGCCGCAGCUGCACAAUAUUGUAUGCACGGUGAAUCUUGGUUGUAAACUUGACCUAAAGAGAAUUGCCCUUCUUGCUCGAAAUGCUGAAUAUAAUCCCAAGAGGUUUGUUGCUGUAAUCAUGAGAAUAAGAGAGCCCCGGACCACUGCACUAUUCUUCAGUUCUGGGAAGAUGGUGUGCACAGGAGGCAAGAGUGAAGAACAGUCCAGACUAGCAGCAAGAAAAUAUGCCAGGAUCAUACAGAAGUUGGGUUUUCCAGCUAAGUUCUUGGACUUCAAGAUUCAGAACAUGGUGGGGAGCUGUGACGUGAAGUUCCCCAUAAGGCUAGAAGCCCUUCUGCUUAGCCACCGACAGUUCGCCAGUUAUGAGCCAGAGUUAUUUCCUGGUUUAGUCUACAGAAUGAUCAAACCGAGAAUUGUUCUCCUUAUUUUUGUUUCUGGAAAAGUUGUGUUAACAGGUGCUAAAGUCAGAAGAGAAAUUAAUGAAGCCUUUAAUAACAUCUACUCUAUUCUAAAGGGUUUCAGGAAGACUUCAUAA